CGGCAGCUGGAUGCGCGGGGGCUGCGGGUGCUGGCCGCCUGCCUGACCGAAACAGGGGCUGCGCAGCUGCGGGCAGCCACCUCACCGCGGCUGCAGGCCGUCCUCCUGGACGUCACCUCCAGCCAGAGCGAUGGGGCAGCUGCCCCCAUCAUUGUCCCUAUUGUCACACCUGCUGGUCUCUGGGGGCUGGUGAACAAUGCGGGGACCGCCAUCCCCACCGCCCCUAACGAGUGGCUGACCAAGGACGACUUCGUCAAGGUGCUGGACGUCAACCUGGUCGGCCUCAUCGAGGUGACACUGAGCCUCCUACCCCUGGUGCGGCGGGCACGGGGCCGGGUGGUCAACGUGGCCAGUGUGAUGGGCCGGCUUGCCUCCUUUGGGGGGGCGUACUGCAUCUCCAAGCAUGGCGUGGAGGCCUUCUCCGACACCCUCAGGCGCGAGAUGCGCCCCUUCGGGGUGCAGGUUUCUAUCAUUGAACCCGGUGGCUUCCGGACGGGGAUGAUUGACCCCGCGACAGUGGUGAAGGGCUUCAAGCACCUCUGGGAGCGGCUCCCAGCAGAGACCCAGGCAGCCUACGGACACCAUUACCUGGAGACCUAUGCCAAGAGCACCUUCCUGCUGCACCGCCUGAGCAGCUCCCGCCUGUCCCACGUCACUGGCGUCAUGGCGCAUGCGCUGCUCGCCCGCUUCCCCCGCAGCCGCUACGCGGCCGGCUGGGACGCCCGGCUCGCCCUCCUGCCGCUCAGCUACUGCCCGGCCUGGCUCACCGAUGCUGCCAUCGGCCUCUUCCUGCCUAUCCCAGCUGGGGGGAUGCCCACGCACCGCUGA